AUGGAUCCAGGAUACCCUGAUGCUAGCGCUGCGCUCAAAGCUGUUGCCCAAAAUCACAACAAUGUCCAGGAUCUUGACGCCAAGGCCAACAAUGCUGCUUCCCUGCGCGAGGAGGCAAACAUCAAUGAUGGCAAGAUCAGGACCUCAGUCACAAAGGCUGCGUUGCGCCAGGUGCAGAUUGCGCGCAUGGAGCACUUUGAGCGGCUUUGGAGUGCAGCAGAUAGGGAGUGCACAUUGAUCAGCUUCAUGCUAGACUAUGGAUUCUGUCCGCUGGGCACUUUUGGUCCCAAACAUACUCCAACAGGCAUCUUCAAGAGCCAGCACUCGACAUGGGGCAGAGCAUCCCAGGGGCCUUUGUGCCACCUCAUGACGUAUCACAAGAACAUUCUGGUUGCCAUUUGCACAGGCCAGGCAGGGAACCCUGGGGUGUUCCAAAGCCCCUUGCUUCCUGGCUGGCAGCAACAUCUAAAAUUUCCAGAGGCACAGUAAGAUUGAAGAGCAAUUCUUCUUUCCCACCACCUCCUCGAGCAGCUGAAUGGACCCAGCCAUGGAACCAAUCACAGAUUGGGCCUUCAGCGCGCUUGGAUUGAUCUUCAAGGCCAACAGUGUCCAAAAGGUCGAGUGGAACGCUUUGGUUCUGGAGCAAAUGUCCAAGUCUUUCAGCUUGGUUUAUGACCUUCUGAAGGCUGGACAAAUGAACUUGGCCAAGUGUCAAGACCUCACUUGGGCCAGUGAGCACACUUACAACAAGCGUGCCAGGAAAGCAAAGAGCUUUACCUAUGGACAAAUGGAUGUCUUGCCCACCUUGCAUGACAUCGGGUUUCUGGAGGCAGAGCGCCAGCCCAAUACCGCGCAGCGCCAAUGCGCUCAAAUGCCCAUGUCCAUGGUCACGCAUUUGGCAGAUUCAAGCGGAAGGUGGGUGGUUUGCGCCGUGGAUGAGAUUCUGAAAGAUGAGGAGGUUAAAGAUGAGGAGAAAGAUGAGCUCCCAAGCAAAAGCGUUGGAUACAACAACAAGCCUAUGGUGGGGUUAUGA